CAAGCGCGGGCGUUAUUUGCCUCGCCGAGCUCCCGAAGAGCACACUCCUCGCGCGCAUUAGGGCCUUGGCCCCGGGGCAGCAGCGGACCGGCGCCCAGCGCAUCCAUCCGGCGGUGAUCCUUUGAAACACAAUUUAAGGCAAUCAACCAACAGGAGUAUCUUGCAAUGCAAAACUUGUUGACCGAGGUGGCAUCUCUAUGGCUGCUUUUAUUAGGAUUUUGCUGCGGAGGGAAGAUCCCUACUAUGCCAAGGCCCAAGGUUUACGGACACAUGCUGCCGAAACACACUUUGGACACACGCUACAGACCAGUGAUGAAAAGAAUCGUCUUGUACCACAACUUCUUUCGCACCCGAGUUCAUCCGCCAGCCAGCGAUAUGCUCGAAAUGACAUGGCACAAAGGAGCUGCCAAGGAUGCGCAGCGCUGGGCGGAAAAUUGCCAGCUCCUUGUUCAUGACAGCCCCUCUGGACGCUGGGUUGAAGAUUAUGGAUCCUGCGGACAGAAUAUCUUCGUGUCGAAUGUGAAAGUGCCAUGGUUUUUCGCCAUCAAGGUAUGGUUCCUGGAACAUCACAACUUCUCUUUUGGAGACACCGGGAAUAACAUUCCUUCCAUGGUCGGCCACUACACCCAGAUGGUGUGGUACAGUUCACACAAAGUAGGAUGCGGACUCCAUUACUGCGGCCGAAACGUUGUGAAAAAACCGUUCUACAACUACGUGUGCAAUUACUGCCCCAUUGGCAACUAUCCUGAACGCUUUGGAAAGCCGUACACGAAAGGUAAACCCUGCAGCAAGUGUCCCGGCCACUGCCGCUCCAAGAAAUUGUGCACAAACGCCUGCGAACACGCCGACUUUUGGGUGAACUGCCAUGAAAUCUCCAAGCAUUGGCACAAGUGGCUGUGCGGUGACCCUACCAAAGAGCAGUACAAGGCCUGCAAGGCGACGUGUUCUUGCAAGGAGCGCAUCAAGUGACCAGCAUGGCACGGACUGCUGGCAGCUUCGAGACGCUUCCUGACGCUCGGAAGUCGGCACCUUUUGGCUAAAGUCCAAAAACACAAGUGACAAUGCGACGGAGCCCCGCAGUCGCACGUGCGUGCUGUACUCCAGUAACAGGCAGCCUUUUGAGCCAUGCGCGCGAAUCGACGUGCACGCCUUCGACGCAGCGUGCGUAUCCGGUAUAAGCGCGCGAUUACGUGCGACAUAAUUCUUUUCUGGGAAAUCUUUGGAGCGCGAUGCUCGUAACGAGAAGGAAGCAAAUCAGUAUUUCUAGUCACACUGCGAGAGGUAGCGUUUUGAGUAAGCAAUGGCAUCUAAGUAUACAUGUAGCGCACGCCGUAACAGAUUAAGGUUUCAAAUACUCAGAUCGACAUCCUUGGUGGCAACAUAAUAAAGCGUCAUUCCACGCAGCAAGCCAUACCACUCA